AUGACCACCGUCCUUUCGACCCCGAAUUCCCCGCCCGAGCUGUCCGGCUCCAAAUCGUCCAAAUCCUCCUCCUUCCACUCCUCCUCCCAGAUCGAUGGCCCCGACAGCAUCUUUACCGACAUUGGGAACUUCGAAGACAUUGGCCUGGAGGACGAUGCGGAACUGUCCGUCGCCGACCCGGUGACCCCCUACGGCCGCACCGGCCUGGCAGCGCGAUCGGCUUCAAGGCUACCCAACAAGAGCCCGGCGGCGACCACACGCGAUUUGACUGCAACCCCGAAACCUCGAAAGCGAAUCGGCGGGCUCCCUGUCAGCGAGAUCCCCCAACAGGAGAGACACUGCGAGUACGACCAAUUCCGGGGGUUGACACCAGUGCAACCGCGCCGAUCACGCUCGACGUCGCCGCUGCGGCCGCUGUCCAGCCGGUCAGCGUCAAGUACAAGCCUGGCUCUGUCUCCGCUCUCAGCACGAGUCCCCGUACAGAAGCAGACCUGGCAGCCCCAUCGCAAGUCUGUCAAGGAUCUCGAGGACGAAUACCAUGACUCGGAUGACGAGCUCCCCGAUGAUACAAGUCUCUGGAAUAUCCCGAUCUCCCCACGCCCAGUCCAAGAUCGCACUCCGUCUCGCAGCACCAGCCCGAGUCGUGGCGGCAGUCCUGGUCGCCGGCCCCUGCCUAUCUCUCAUACCGUGUCGGAAACCCAGACCGCGCCACAACCCGGAUCUGCGUCCAAGGCUGCACGUAUGAAACGCUCGCAGCGCUCAAGUUCAGCCGGGCCUGAACGGGGCCAAAUUUCGCCGCGCAACCCGCGUGCAUACUCGUAUAACAGCUUUCUCUCGGAUUUGUCCGAGGAAGCGCGAAUUAUCACGGAAGCUCUGGAGCAUCAUGCAGGCGAGAGCGAGCGCCAGCAGGAGGAGAAUGUACAGAAUGGCACUGCCCCGCGGAAGUCUAGUUCGGACUCCCAAGGAGGUGCUACAGAGCCCAUCGAACUGCCGCCUCUUCAAAGGUCUAAUAUAAUGAUCGACCCGUUGCCCAUCAGCAAGGAAAAAGAAAAGGUGCUCACGCGGACACGCCCCAGUUGGCUCCCGCCGAAAGACCAGAAGGAGGAAAGGAAGCAUUUGAAACAAUACAAAGAGAUGAUGGCACAAUCCAAGGAAGCUGAGAAGCGGAAAGCGGCUCGGGCUGCAUCGGCCCAAUGUGAGAAGGACAGCACCCGAGAUACCCUCCAGAAUCUCUGGGAUGACUGGGUUGGCCCCAAUUGGGAUCGUGCGCUCCGUGAACCGAGGACUCGGGAACUGUGGUGGCGUGGUAUCCCCCCUCGAAGUCGAGGUACGAUGUGGAGACGAGCUAUCGGCAACGAGCUUGCUCUCAGCGAGGAAACCUUCACCAAAGCUCUCCAACGAGCCAAGGAUCUGCGUUCAAAGACCGAAACGGAACCCAGUGAAAGCAACAAGCGAUUGCUGGAGUGUUUCGACGCGAUUGACUCGGAUGUUUGCAAAGGCUUCCCCGAUUUGAACCUUUUCUCGGAGGGUGGGCCCUUGCGAGAAACCCUUGUGGACGUCUUGCAGGCCUACUGUAUGUACCGAAGUGACGUGGGCUAUAUCCAUGGUCUUCACACCAUUGCUGCGUUGCUGGUCUUGCAAUUCCCGACUCCCGCCUCUGCCUUCCUUGCUAUGGCCAAUGCCCUCAACCGUCCACUUCCCGUCGCUUUCUUGACCUGGGACCGCGGCGCCAUGGCGCGCACUUACGCCCUUGCCUCGGAUACUCUGCGGUACAAGUUCCCCCGCUUGUCGACCCACCUGCACGAGACUCUUCGCCUAUCCGACGAAGAAAUUUGGGAACCCAUGUUCCGCUCCCUUCUCACGAAUGGUCUCGACCUCGAGCGGAUAUCACGCGUGUGGGACUGCUGGGUGUUUGAAGGGGACCGAAUUAUGAUUCGUUCCGCUGUCGCCAUCCUGGGCUGUCUUCAACCCCAGCUAUGUUCGUUCCAACAGCCAGAUGACCAGACUCGCCUGACUGUGCGGAACAUCCUCGGCUGGGGCCCUCGGCACACCGGUGCGAACAACCAGAAACCGAAGGACCGUCACAGUGCGCCUGCAGCAGCCGGCUUUGGCGGCGGCCAAGUCUCCAACCCUGGCGUGGCGGACUAUUGGGUCCUGAGCGCCGCGGGUAACGAGGAUGGCUUCAUGGCUGCCGUGCGCGAGGCGGGUAAAGUGCGACAAUGA